GAGAGGAGACGCAUCUUCUGCGCAGUGGUGGAAGCAACAUCUCUCAGUGAGCUACGGACUCUUGUUUUUGUACUUCGGGGCUCUUUUCUCUCUUUUAUUAUUAUUAUUAUUUUUUUGUCUUUGUGUUUGUCUUUGUGUGUGCUUGGCAUACGAUACGUGGACCGUGAUGUGGAUUUACACGCUGCUGCUGACUCUCUCCGUGCUGCCCUGCUCAGAGGGCAGAAGAAAUGCACUGCAGGACUAUCAGAAGACUGAUGGCGUGUGUCUGGUUGCCGCGCUCCCGAGCCCCUCCCACCUGGCCAAAAGCAGGAAGGUCAGCAUGGCCAAGUGUGCUCGAACUUGCAGCCGCAACAAAAAACUCCCUUUCACUUGCAGAGCGUUCGUCUAUGAUCACCAAAACAGGAAAUGCCACUGGCUGUCUUUUGACCGCAACUCGCCCUCCGCGCAGACGCAGCAUGACUUGAAUGUCCAACUCUAUCAAAAGAAAGACUAUGUUCGCGAGUGCAUCGUGGGUACCGGUCAGAGCUACAGGGGUCGAAGGUUGGUGACAGUCAGUGGAAUCCCGUGCCAGGCCUGGGCCUCCCCUAUUCCUCAUGAACACAAAUUCAUGUCCAAGCGUUUCAGUAAGAAGGACCUCAGGGAGAACUACUGUCGAAACCCGGAUAACUCCACCGUCGGACCGUGGUGCUUCACCACCGACCCGCGGCCACACCUCAGACACCAAGAGUGUGGAAUCCCCCAGUGUUCACAGGUGGAGUGCAUACAUUGCAAUGGCGAGGAUUACAGAGGACCCAUGGACCACACAGAGAGCGGAAAGGAAUGCCAACGCUGGGACCUAGAGGAGCCGCACAAGCACCUGUACCACCCUGACAGGUAUCCCGACAAGGGCCUCGACGAUAACUACUGCAGGAAUCCAGACGGACGCCACAGGCCCUGGUGCUUCACCACGGACCCGAACACAAAGUGGGAAUACUGCGGCAUCAAAGUUUGUGAAUCUCCUCCGAAAAGAACUGUGGUGGAAACCAGCGAGUGCUACCAGGACAGAGGAGAAGCUUACAGGGGUACGGUGGACGUGACCCCCACUGGGCUCACCUGCCAACGCUGGGACGCUCAGUACCCCCACAAUCACUCCUUCAUCCCGCAGGCGUACCCUUGCAAGGAUUUGAGAGAAAACUACUGCCGGAAUCCAGAUGGCCAAGAAUUCCCAUGGUGCUUCACAAUGGAUCCGAGAGUCCGCACCAUGUUAUGCACCAACAUCCCUCAGUGCGGCUCCCAAAACAAGCCUGACUGCUAUGAAGGCUUCGGAGAGGAAUACCAAGGGGAGCAGUCCAGGACGAGAUCCAACCUGCCCUGCUCUCCCUGGGGGGAGCACAGCAACAGCGGUGAGAGGGGCAUGACGGUUGCAGGCCUGCAGAGGAACUACUGCAGAAACCCUGACAAAGACAAGCACGGACCGUGGUGUUACACUAAUAAUUCUGCAAUACGCUGGGACUACUGCAAUGUGAAACCAUGUGAUGCUUCCCAGAACACCUUUCCAGUAGGUAAGCUGUCCUCCGUGGGCUGUUUUGUCCAUAAGAGGACCCGAAUCGUCGGAGGAACUCCGCUGAACGUGUCAGCCGGCAGCUGGAUGGUCAGCAUACAAAAAGGGUCCUCUCACUGGUGUGGGGGUUCACUCAUACGAGAGGAGUGGGUGCUCACAGACAGGCAGUGCUUUUCCUCAUGCGUUCCCGACCUGAGCGAGUAUCGGGUGUGGCUGGGCGUGUCCAGUAUCGCGCCGGGCGCGUCCGAUUGGGCCACGAGACAGGAAAUCCGCAUAGCGCGAGUGAUAUGCGGCCCCGAAGGUUCCAGUUUGGCCAUGCUAAUGCUCGCCAAACCCCCCCUGCCGGCAGACAACGUGCACACCAUUCAGCUGCCCCUAGACGGCUGCUCCAUCCCUGAAGGAACACUUUGUAAAAUGUAUGGAUGGGGAGAGACCAAAGGUACAGGCCACGACGAGGUCCUAAAGGCAGUCAACCUUCCCAUCGUGAGCAACGAACGGUGCAGAGAGCUGCACAGGGGGAGCCUUCACAUCACCAACAGCAAGAUCUGCGCAGGAGGCCGCAGGAACGAGGGCGUGUGUGAGAGGGAUUACGGCGGCCCUCUGGUGUGUCAGGACGGCGAGCUCAAGGUCGUCGUCGGCGUGAGCGUCCACGGGCGAGGCUGCGCCCGCGACAACCGGCCUGCCAUCUUCAUCAACGUGCCCUUCUACGCCCAAUGGAUCUACAAAGUUUUCAAGCAUUACUCCGAGCCGUAACUCAGCGUCAAAUAAUAUGCGACCAUGGUGUUACGCCGACAUCGGAACCGGGAAAAUUACUCAGCAGGACUCCUCGGCUUUAUAGGUUGCACACAGAGGAGAGGAUUGCUUCUUAUUAGUGGAUGAGUAAGUCAAAUGAAAGAUUUAAACACACCAGGAACAGAUGUCACACCAUCUCUGACAGCAAACGAUGAUAAUUAACUUAAAAACAAAAAGCCCAUCUGCUAUUCAGGUGUUUAGUAGGAAAUAAAAGCGGCAAAUAGGAACAAGAUGGCACCCAAAUCACAACAUAAAAUUGUAAAUGAUAGUGGCUAAAAGUUUUAUUACUGACUAAAAUUUCACAAACUUUGCUGUUGAAGAAUAUUUCUACAUGUUUCUGUUAAAAACCGAAUGAGAAUAAGUAGGAAUGUUAUUGGUAUUGUAUUGGGGCGACACGGAGAAGAUAAAUAAAAAGUAAUGCUGAAGGAUAAAUAAAUAAUGUCAUUUUGCGGUUAAAAAGUAAAAAGUUGUAAUUUAGACUAGGUGGAGUGAAAAAAAGUCACAUUUUUACAAGUAUAACAAUAGUAUCAAAUCGAAAUAUAACAUAAGUAUUUUAGUCAGGUCAGAAAAAGUUGGAAUUUUAAAACAAUAAAUUUGUAACUUUACUAUGAGAAUAAUUGAAUGUUACAAGAAAACAUGACAAACGGUGCACUCUUAUGAGGAUAAAAGUCAAAAUGUUACAAGAAAAUGAUGUAAUUUUACAAGAAGGGUCAUUAAAAAAAAGCAAUAAAUUGUAAUCUCGUGAGAAUAAAAUCACAAUAUUACGAGAACAAAGUUGCAAUAUUAUAUGAAUAAAUUUGGUAAUUUUUAUAAUUAAUUAAAAGAAAAUAAAAGUAGAAAUUUUACUACGAGAAAGUCCUUGUAAUAUUUCAGGUAAAAGAGUCAUUUCGUCAUAUUUCACAAUAUGUUUUGUAUUUUACGCAAAAACAUUUUACUUGCACUAUUACGACUUUGUUUUUGUAACAUUAUCCUUUUAGUCUUGUAACAUUACAUUUUUUCUUUCUUUAAAAUUCCCUUACACUCUUAAAUUUAAAACACUAAUAGAAAAACAAAUUACUUUAAAAAGUCUGAGUGAGACUUCUUCGGAAUUUCUUUAUGGAAAAGGUUCAUCACAAAGUGAAGCAUCAGUUUUUAGAAACAAAACAAUUUAUUCUCUUCAUUCUUCAUUCCUUGUAAAAGUUAAACAAGUGGAAUAAGAUUCCAUGUCCAAGAAAAUAACCAAUUGCUUGGAUUCUUUUUAGUUGGUCGCCUGUUUCUAGGCAGAGUUCAGAGGGAUCAACUGUAAUUGUCCAAAAGAGGUGAAGUGGGGGGGAAUAAAAAACCUGUUCGCCUGUUUCAUUGAUAAAAUACGUUUAUUCAAACUCAAAUAACUACUCAGUAUUAAAUAUAAAAUGCCUUUUUGAGGGAAAUAAUAGCCCCCCCCCCUUUGCUGGAUAUGGUGGGACACUGCCCCUCCUGCUGAGUCCCCACUGGGUACUGUAGCGAACGCGCUAAAGGUGUGUUACGUGCGCGAAUACUUUGGAUUCCUGGCAUUACUUGAAACCUUUGAACACGGCGGAGGCAGGGAACGGUUGUCCUUUUGUGUACAUAAUAUUUAAUGAGUGUGUUUGUGGCACUCUAUGUUGGGUCUUAUAGAUCUACAGCGAAAGAAAGAGAGAAAUGAAUGUCCAACAGAGUAUUCAGACAUUCAUUCACAUUGUAGCUUUCAAUUCAGUCUCCAUCCAAUGUAUGUGUGUGUGUGUGUGUGUGUGUAUGUGUAUAUAUAUAUAUAUAUAUAUAUAUAUAUAUAUAAACCUCACGUCCAUUCAAAGCCAGUGAUAAUGUCUAUGUCUAAAUACUGUGUAUGUAAGUUUGCUCUUUGCCUUCUGAUCUGUGUAUGACAAUUUAACUUGUAUGGGAGCACCGAUACUGUUUUAUGACGUUUGUAAUUUAAGUUUUGCAGUUUGGGAUGGGCACUUCUGAAUUGACUGUAAAGUUGUAUAUUUGAGUUUACAAUGUAAGAAAAUGUACCUUAUAGCUUUAAAAAAAAAAAAAAUGGCAAUCUACAUAAUGUUACCAUUGCACCUCGUCAAUUUGAUUACUAAUGCAUUUAAAUAGGAAUAAAGAGAGGACUGUGUCUGAAAGCAUUCCAACAUUAUGGGCAACAGUUUCAAAUAAAAAAGGUUAUGGAUAAGUCUUAAAAUAUUAAAAAUUGUAUUUUCAAAUCUCUGGACGGUCAUAUAGAAAUGAAAGUGUGAUCUUAAAAAGGUUAAAAAAGUAUUUAAACUGUUUUGGUUUUUUUUUCAUUGAAAAAGUGCCAUUUUACUACAGGAAUAAUGGAAUAUUACGAUUAAAAAAAUAAUGAAAUUGUAUUUUGUUUUAGACUUUGUUUUAUACCUUACAGAAUAAAUUUUUAAUAGAGAAAAACAUUUAGUCUUGAAAAAAAAAAAAAAGACUCGAGAGGUGUUACAUGUGAUUAAAAUGCCCUUUAAAACGCUUCCAUUUGGCCUGCCUAAAAAUUCAGAUUUACUUUUCAAAUAUUUUACUUAAGGAUGACAGAAAAUCUCUGAAUGUUCUGAACUUCUAUUUCAAUGCCAGCUGACGCCGCGUUGUUCAAAAAUCCGUUGCUAUCCCCUACUUGCAAAACGAAAACCACUGAAGGAGAUGUGUUUAUUUGUCCUCCACAUACUGUACUGUAGGUUUUUGUUUUGUUUUUUGUUUUGUCCGUAUAACCGCAUCCACUAUGAAACCCAACUCUUCCCUUCCCAAUAUGCUAAAUGUAUAAACCCCCUUUUUUUAUGUUAUGUGAAUUAUUCUAUCACGUGUCACACCGAUUAAAUGUGACUCAUCUAAUUACCCUUCAUUCACUUGCGUGACGGCUGAAAGUUGGAGGCUGUCAUAUGCUCACCUUGCUGCAGAUGGCGCCAUAGUAGCACAAAGAGUUCCUUCUCAGUCACACGCAAAUUUGUUUUAUAUUUAGUGUCAUGCUUUCACCUUUUAAGAUUAAUUUAGCCCUUUUUAAAAAAUAUAAUAACAAUAAUUACAUCAUCAAGUUUUAAUAAAUGAGGUGGGUGUGACACGGCCCUUGAUAUCCUAAUCCCACUUUCACUUCGUGUGUGUGUGUGUGUGUGUGUGUGGAGUUGAUGCACGAGCUGCAGAUUAAAUGUCAAAAUCAAGUGAUGCUGUAUUAAAUAAACAUUGCAGCCGGCAACAAAACACGCAUGUAUUUGACAACCACAAAUCCUGGCUUUAUAAGCACACUCCUACGACUCUUGAUGCUAAGACACACACACACACACACACACACACGCACAUUGUAUAAAUAAAUAUAUAUAUAUAUAUAUAUACAUACACUUGUCUGCAUGUGUUCCUACAGCGUUUGUGUGCGACUAUUAUAAUGAGGGAUAUUACUACCGCGACUUUGAUGCUAAUUUCUGUCAGCUCGUCAAUGGGGUUUUACAUUGUGUGUUAGCAUUAAGAUGGCGAUUUCAGUGUGUGUUGUGUUUAAAUGUACAAUGUGUGUAAUUAUUUUGUUGUUGUUGUGAUUUUAGUUUUCAAGUAGUAGGACAUUAACAGUAAUUGUACAGUACACAGUACAGUAUUUCUGAACGCUA